ACCUUGGAAAAAUGUGUAGUUAGCUUGAACAGAAAGAGAAAAAGUCUCAUUCCCUCUCUCUUAAAAAGGUUCAUCUUCUGUGUUUUUUACUUAAACUAUGUCCCAAUAUUUGCAGCCUCAAAUGGGUCAGUUCAGCAAUGGAACUCAAAAUCAUUCUUAGAAAUGGCUAAAUGGUUCUUCUGACAAAGAGUUGUUGGGUGGGUACCUAUGACAGGUUUUCUUUCUUUCUAGGGGAAAGAAAAAAUGAUCAAGGAAUAAACAUUAUGGAACAUCAUGAUUCAGCAAGCAAAGACUUGUUUUUGUUUUGAUCGGAAAUAUUGGUACUACUUGCUGCAGGCUCUUCCUAAAUUCUUUACUGUUAGCAAUGCCCCAUGCAUUAUGCAAUAAAUCACUCCAAGAGGAAAAGCCAUUUAAUCUAAUUUUAUAUCCCUCCAAUUAGUAGACAAAAUUUAACCAUAAAAUGCCACAAAAAAUGUACAAAUUGUCACCAACACAACAUGGUGAAAUGGGAUGAUGUUUCUACCCAGACACUGGUUAGCUUGGCUGUGAAUUGUUGAUCGAAUUAUACGAAAUUUCAUUUCUUUUGUCGAUGUGGUUUGAAAUUAAGUCCAAAACGAGUCCAAUUUAAAGAUUAAUCCUAAACUCAAUCCGUAGAUAAAAGAAAGAAGUAACCGACAUAGAGACACCACCCAGGCCGUUGCCUAAUUAUUUGGUAAGUAUUAUUUUAUCAUUGGUUGGUAUUUAUGCAGCUACAUGGUACAUUUGUUUGGUACAUUAUUGUAUUUAUAAUCCGCCUUUGUCUUUGUGUAUGGACGUAAGGAUGAUUCAGAUCAUGUAAUUCAUACUCUUUUUAAUUUUUGCAUGAACAAACGAAAUUAUACCCUUAGGGCAUGAAUCAGCUGUUGAUUCAGACAAGGAGCCUUUUUCGCUAAAGAAUUUGGUGCUACUCAAAGUUUCUUAAUAACUACCAUAGAGAAGAAGCAACUAUUGAGACAACUUCAAGCUAAUAAUUCCCUCUCUUCAGGAAAAGCUUAGAAAUCUCUAUGUCCCAAAGGUCAGAAGCUCAAACAAACAUGAGCGGGUUCGACACCGGCAGAGCAAGGGCGUGGAGUAUAAAUAGCAAUUCUAGUAUUAGUUCAUCUCAGACAGAUCAGGAAGAAGGUUCAUGGAAGAAUUCUAGCACACCCAUGAGUGCCAUUUCUUUCGGCUUUGUAGCUACAGCUAUCUUGAUAUCCAUGUUCAUCAUUAUGGCUAUAUAUGAGCACUUAUUCAGACCAAAUGCAUCAAAUGAGAUGCCUGGUGGGAUUGAAUCAAUACAAACUCAGAAGCUUCAAAACCCAGAUCAUAUGGUACAAGCAUCAUAUGCAUCCGAUUUCACCGUCGUAAUGCCGGGACAACAAUAUCCUACUUUCAUCGCUCACCCUGCUCCUAUGGCGUGUCAAAGAGAAGGAAUCUAUUGGCCAUCUCAUGAAUACAGUUUUGCCUAGUCAAUCUACUAGCCUUAAAGAUGAUAAACGUAGCAAUGUUCCUUGGCUAAGUUCUUAAUUAUCUAAAGCUUCAAUUAAUCAAUCCAUCACAUGAUCAUGUAGCUGAAAGGUAUAUCAUUGCCUUACCAGUAAAUAGUUAAUCGAGAGAACCUGAACUGAACACGCCUAAAGUUUUCCGGUUUAUCGCAGGAUAAUCUUCUGCAAAAACCUU